AUGCUUCAGCAAAGCGUGUUAGAGGGUAUGAAAAAUGAAACAAUAUUUAAAGGAACUGGUUAUACUGGUUUCGCUAUAUUGUAUUCAUGUUUUACCGUGACAAACAUAUUUGCACCAGCGUUUGUCACAUUUCUUGAGCCUGCUGUGGCCAUGUUUAUUGGAGCAAUUCCUUAUUUGCUUGUUCAAGAUAAUAUUCGUUUUGCUCAGACAUUCUUUCAAACAGUGUACGGGACAUGCAUUGGCCAUUAUGUCAAAUAUGGACCGCAGAGAAAACGUUUGAUUGGGUUACAUGGCUUUUUACUCGGUGCUGGAGAAAUAAUUGGCGAUAGUGCAUUGAAUACUCAACUAAUGAAUAUCCUUGCAGGAAGAUACAAAGAUACCAGUGCCAGUGCAUUUGCCAUAUUCAAAUUAGUUCAGUCAUUGGUGUCAGCUAUUGCCUUUUCCUAUUCUGGCGUGUUGUCAUUGCAAUAUCAAUUACUCAUUAUUGUCACCUUCUUAUUUAUUAGCACACCAUCGCUUGUUGUUGUUCUAUUCGAUGACAAAGUGAUAUUACCAGUGGCACAGUUUUCCACGUUAUCCGCACCUGAUCCGACAAAUGUCGAAAAGGAAGAACUAAAGCAACUAGAAUAA